CACACCAGAAGUGGCGCCAAUACGGCAGAGUGACUGACACUGUCUAAUCCAACUUGUUGCUGAUUCAAUAUCAACAGAGUAGCUACCAAUCAUGUCAGAAAGUACAUAUUCUAUUGCGGUGCGUAUUCAGUAUGUGGUCGCGAGCAGUAUCUCUUUUCGUCGUAUGCCAACACAAAGAAAAGUUCCUUCCAUUUCCGAUGUGACAGAUCUUUUGGAAUCGAAGUUUGUUUGUCAAUGACUCGAUUUGGCUCACCAUUAAUUUGUAUCAAUUGGACUCAAUUCGUCGUCGACAAUGGGAUUUGAAUCGGUCGGAUAAAUUCAGCUCGCCAAAACCUCCCGGGCUAAGUGCAAGACCUGCAAGGAACCUAUCCAAAAGGGGGAGCUAAAGGUAUUCGUGGAGGCACCUCUUAGAGAAGGCGCAAACUUUGCCAUGUCUGCUUCUUAUCAUGUCUCCUGCUUUAAGAUUCCUCGCAAACUGGCAUCUGCUGGUGUCGAUGUCGAACAAUUCGUUGGGGAUUACCUUAUGGACAACGACGGAGAAUUGCUCCUCGACCGCAGGGAAGAAGUUUUAGAUAUGCUUCGAGAAGCUGCCUCGAAAACCAAGGCGAAAACGAAAAAGGCAAAAUCUAGCGAAAAUGGCUCGAGCUCCACAGAUCUGAUGGAACGCUUGAAGGAGGCCGCGAGUGUGGACGAUGAUGGUGGAAAAGCACCCCCAAAGAAAAAAGCCAAAACCAAUUCAAAAUCAAAAGAGGAACAAGAGUUCAAAGCCAUGAUCUCGAUCUACCRAAAGUACCAAAAAGGUUAUACUGUGGCAAAACUCAAGGAUAUUCUUCGUUGGAACCAGCAGCUGCUCACUGGCACCAAGUCGUUUGUCCUGUUUAAGGUCAUCGAUGGCGAGCUCCACGGCCGGCUCUCGAUAUGCCCGCUUUGCCAAGGAGACUUGAAAUUGAUGGAAGGAGAUUACGACAAAAUUUAUUGCAGCGGUAGAUACGACGAAGGUUGGUUACUUUGUAUCUUCUUUCUUACUUCACAGCGUAUUGCAGGUCAUAGGAAACAAAACUCAUCGCGCUACUCGCACUGUGCUUACUUUUUCACUUUUUCACUCCUCUAUUCAAUAAUUUUUUCCCUUUUUCUUUUUUGCAAUCCUGUGAAACAGACAUUGGGCGCCGCAUUCCAUGCUCAUACACGGUGCCACGACUCGGCAAUGCCGAAACCAUCCGUGCUCGACCCUUUUAUCUCGAGGAGCCUUCGGAGGAAGAAAAGGAAGCCAUGAAACAGUUCCGAGAAGACGCACGGGAGGGAGGCGGUGGCGGAACGAAGCCGGGCGACAACCCAGUGGCCCAAGAACUACUGGAAAAAGCAGAAGCCCUAGAUGGAAAAUUGGAUUUUACAACCAAUCCAGGGCGAAAACACGCUGUGGGAGAAUUUGUCGCCCUCGUCAAGGGCAAGGUCGAUCUCCCCGAAAACCGUAACGCGAAGAUGGAAGUCGGGAAACUCGUCAUGGCCAACUGCAAUGGUAAAUCGCCGAAAGAAAUCAUGCAAAUAAUCUUCGACAAGUUUGGUUUUGCCGACGUGAAACAGGAAAAGGCUGCGGCCAAGGAAGCCGCGGCAGAAGCUGCCUGUGCAAAUCCGAAGAAUGCGGCAUUAAUCCUUGCUUUCGAAGAAUGCUCCAAGGUAUGCAAGAGAUGGACAGAAUCACAAAUCAGAAAACCAGGAUACUUUCUUUUCUAUCGAUCACUCAGUAAUGGUUGAAUGAUGACAUUAAAAAUCUCAUCCGGUAAYWACCCGAUAUGUUCAUCGGUUUCUAACACUUUCUUUUCCUUUGAWAUCCUAAACCACUAAUCUCACGAUAGUACUACUUUGCAGAGAGCAACAGGAAUGCGGCACUAUCUUACAAAAAAGCUAUCGCAACUCUCACCGAACUCGAAGAGGCAGUUACGGAAGACAAUGCUUUAUCUUUCUCCAAAGGAAAAACAAAGCUCCCUGGAAUCGGGAAAGCGACUGCAGAAAAAAUGAGGGAGUUUUGCCAGACCGGCACAUUUGCAAAAUUGGAAGAAAAGCGAGAAGCCCAUAAAUAGGGGACCUUGAUCUCAAUGUGAUUGAGGUUCACUCUCCACGUCAACUAGUAAGGUUGUUGAGUUACAGUUGGUGCAAAACUUCUUCUGUCGUUGGGCAGGCAGAAUGAUCUUUCGUUGCCAAAAUUUAUUUCUCAUUGAGUGCAUCGUGGUCAGCACACCAGUACACAACAUACUUUACAAUCCAGCUACAAGUUUGCAGUAUGAAUAGAACAUCAAUGCGUACGUUUAUAGAAAUUGCAACAAAAGAAUUCAAAAACGCGACAUCACAGGUGUAGACCAUAUAAAGGCGAUAACAUGCCAAAGGAAAUAAUGAUUUUGCUGCAUGAACUUGGAGCCUACAGAGACCAUGACUUAAUCGUCACGUUGAAAUGUCAUAUCCGUCAUUUUCCCUUUUAGUAAGCAGAAUUUAACGUUGAUAUUAUUUGUUGCAUUUUGAAGCUGACGAUUUUCUCCACCGUUCAUCAAGAUUUUUCAUACUGCACUCAAAUAACGGCUUCCCCAGUUU